AUGAUUAAUGUUGUAGAAACAGCGUCUAAGGCAAGAUCUCCUAGUAAAGUUGCUGCUCUACACGCUAAUUCAACAACAGGUUUAAUCUUAGAGAAUAGACCCAAUCAUUUGCCUUCGAAACCAAAGCAAGAAGAACUAAAACAUCGCCAGCAAUAUCUACAAAUGUUAGAAAAUGCAAAAAGAAAAGCGGCUAAAGAAGUCGCUAUUAAAGAAAAGUUAACGGAAGAGAAAUAUGACCGUGAGGAGAUUCUUCGUCAAAGCGGUAAAAAAUGGAUUGAAGAAAUCAUUCCUAACUGGCAAAACAUGAGACAUUCAAGUACAGUGCAACAGAUUUGGUGGCAAGGGAUUCCGCCAAACAUUCGAGGAAAAAUUUGGAAGCUUGCCUUAGAUUUUCGCUUAGAUAUCUCAGCAGACUUAUAUAAAGUAUUAGUGGAAAAGACUGAUGAAAAAUUUAAAGAACUAGCUUUAAACGAGCCUCAGUUGGAUUCACAGAGUGAUUCUCCAUUGAUACAAAUUAAGCUAGACAUUUCACGUACUUUUCCAAAUCUUGGAAUGUUUCAAGUUGGUGGCCCAUAUCAUGCUUCUUUGUUCGAGAUUCUCGGGGCUUAUACCCAAUUUAAACCCACCGUUGGCUAUAUUCAAGGAAUGUCGUUUCUUGCCGCAGUAUUUUUAUUGAAUAUGGAACCCCUGACUGCCUUUGCCUGCUUUGCUAACCUGCUUGAGAAACCGUGUCAGAAAUCAUUUUACGAAAUGAAGACGACUAAGAUGCAAGCCUAUUAUCAAACUUUCGAUGGCCUGUUUUAUAAAAAUCUUCCGAAAUUAUUUAACCAUUUUACAAUCAAUAAUGUAACUCCUGAUAUGUAUCUUUGUAACUGGAUAUACACGUUAUAUAGCCAUAGUCUGCCACUAGAUGUAACAUGUCGGAUAUGGGAUAUUGUUUUUAGGGAUGGAGAUAUUUUUAUAUUUCGAACUGCUUUAGGGAUUUUAAGUUUAUAUAAAUCGAAGCUAAUGGAUAUGAAGUCGAUACAGAUAGCGAAAUUUUUAACUAAAUUACCAGACGACGUUGAUUCCGACUUACUCUUCGAUGCUAUUAAUGAUAUCCGUGUUACUAAAAAUCGAUAUAACUCUAUGUUACUACAACACUUUGAAAAUUUUAACUGUAAAUAG